AUGUCAUACAGAAGAUCUCCCAGGCAAGGUGAGCUCGCAUUUUGGUGAGUGUGUGGUGCUCCCCGUCCAGAGAGGUGAAACAUGGUAAUCAUCAUAUCCGCCACCGCCACCAGCUCAAGCUCUGCCGCUCUGCUCUUCUCACCUACCGAGGGGCUUAUUGCGUUACACGCUCGCAGCCCCGACCUGCCUUCCAAAAAUAAGCCCUUGCCACCAUGCCGAAAGAAGAAAAACAAGAGUGGUAUUUUUAGGGGCUUUAAUUUUGACCACGUGCCCCGAGGGUAAACCGGAUGGCCACUGCGCAAAGGUUCCUCAUCAGUAUGUGCGAGAGCAGCGGGCGCUGGACGUGGACUGCGGUUGUUCUGCUGGGCUUUCUGCUUGGGAUCGUGUCCUCCUACCCCAUCUCGAACAGGACCAAUGCAACUUCACUGGAGAAAAGGUGGGAGAGGCUCUUUUCCCGCUCCGUUUUGGGGAUCUCGGUGGAGAAAUCGGACCUGAACUGGGAGAAUGACUAUUUGCUGGGCAUUAAGAGAGUGCGGAGGCUGUACUGCAAUGUGGGCAUCGGGUUUCACCUGCAGGUCCUGCCAGACGGAAGGAUAAACGGUGUCCAUAAUGAGAACCAGUACAGUCUAAUAGAAAUCUCAGCGGUAGAGAGAGGAGUGGUUAGUCUAUACGGCGUGAGAAGCAAGCUGUUUGUCGCAAUGAGCAGCCACGGAAGGUUAUAUGGAACGAGGGCCUUCCGUGACGAGUGCAAGUUCAAGGAGACACUGCUGCCCAACAAUUACAACGCAUAUGAGUCUUCCAUUUACAAGGGCUUUUAUAUCGCCCUCAGCAAACACGGCCGCUUGAAGCGAGGCUACAAGGCUUCCCCAGCAAUGACUGUCACACAUUUCCUCCCACGUUUAUGAGCAAACCUGGCAAUAACACAAUGAUUUGCACAUGUUGGAUGUUCUCGUAUAGGUAACCCGAACAUGCUAAGAGGUGAACUGCAAUGAACUAAAAUAACACUUACAGUAUUUAUUCUCGUUGAAAUAAUAAUAAUAUAUGUAUAUUUCGGUAGCUUACUUUGUGUCUGAACUUUGUGUACAUGCCAUUCUUUGCUGCUUAUGAUUUCUAUUAUGAUCUAUUAUGAGAGUCGAGGAGCUUUUUUUGCUCCCACUUUUUAUGGGUGCUUGCUAUAACUGGUGUAAACCUUACCCGGCAUUGGACUAACAUCCUUAGCUUUUACAGUGAAAUGGAUACUUUUUAUUACCUCAAAGAGCCAAGUCCGCAUUGAAAAAAGUUAUGGAGGGUAAAAGAAAUAUCAGUUUACUCUGAUCUUCAUCUGUUCCACCAUUUUUGAAAGCACUUAUUUUCAUGAUUAGGUGGUGCCUUAGCCUCUGCUAUUUUGCCUCCUUUUAUGCAUGCAAGAAAGAGGUUUUUGUUCCAUAUUUAGAUUAAUAACCAAAUAGUCGUCAUUAAAAACCGAUUGCAUGCAUCCUUAUUGGGAGUUAACUCAGAGAGGGCUAUUUUACACCUCAAGUAAGUUCAGAAUUUGACUGAAAGUCUGUGGACGGCUAGUCCUGAAAGGUUUGGGUGCUUCCAUUUGAAUGAAUACUUAUCAAGCUUGUGAAAUGCAUAGAAUUGCAUUAACCUUGAAUUAUGUGGCACGAUUAUAUGAUAGCAUAGCUAUUGCUUAGUGAUAAAAAAAACCACUGAUUUGAUUUAUCAGAUUUAAUAUAGUGUGUGAUUAUGUCCUUUUUAAAUCAUAUGUAUUUAUAUUAGUUGGUGUCUAUGUUUUACCUCUACAGUCAGUGAGGGUUUAUUCACCAACAUGUUGACUGCAAACUUGAACUCCUCCUCAGAAAGUCUUUGGAAUGUAAAAACCAAUACAACCGUCUUAAUCUGUUUGAGAUAACAUAAUUUGCGCAUUACUUUAUGUUUGAAUACAAGCAUAGACCCGAGCACCUGUGCACACUCUUAAGUUCCCAAGUCAAUUGACUUUGUCUAGAGAAUUUGCUUUGAGUCGCACUUAAAAUUGAAUUGAACUUUGAUAUUUUGUAGAUAUUACCUUUCCCUUGCCCCACUAUUUUAAGAUAUACAAUUACAGGAAUAAUUCACCCAAAAAUGUAAAU